GAGCCGCAGUGUCUCGCCACGCAGAACGGAAGGCGCACCAGAAGGCGCUGGAUCUCGGGGUCGGGCGACGUGCUCGCAGCUUCGAUUCAGUAACCACGGUGCGCGUUUCCGACCGAUGAGCGGGACCCAGCGGGACACAUCGACCUUGUGCGCGCGGCCCUUCGCGAAAUAAAUAAAGACGGCGGUGCGGCCGCAGGGAGUCGCGUGACACGCGGGCGAGCGUCGGCGCCGUCGCGACGCGUCGCGACGGUGACAGAGGUCCCCAGACGAAGAAGCGGCAUCAUCCCGUGAGCAGGGGUGUGGGCCCGCGGACGGAUCAGCGAAGGGACCUUAGUGGGAGAGCUCAGAGUCGGACUUCUCGGAUGCUGAGGAUUCAAAUGAGUUAGGAGCCAGUGUUAGCCCCAAAAGAAACGCGAUGGACACUAUAGACAGUGUCAACAAGCGACAGGCCACUCGUGUCUUCAAGAAAUCCAGCCUCAAUGGCAAGAUCACAGUCUAUCUCGGCAAGAGAGACUUCGUCGAUCACAUCACGCACGUCGAUCCUAUCGACGGGGUCGUCCUGAUCGAUCCCGAUUACAUAAAGGAGCGAAAGGUGUUCGGUCAUGUUCUCGCGGCGUUCAAGUACGGGAGGGAGGAUCUCGAUGUCCUCGGAUUGACCUUUCGCAAGGACCUCUAUCUAGCGGCGGAGCAGAUCUAUCCGGUGGUUCAGGAAUCCCAGACCUCCAGGGAGCUGACGCGACUGCAGGAGAGGCUGAUGAAGAAGUUGGGUAGCAAUGCAUUUCCCUUUUACUUCGAGUUGCCGCCCCACUGUCCAGCCUCGGUUACCCUACAACCGGCCCCAGGUGACACCGGCAAACCCUGUGGCGUCGACUACGAGCUUAAGGCAUUUGUAGGUGAGACGCAAGAUGACAAACCGCAUAAAAGGAGCUGCGUUAGGCUGGCGAUCAGGAAGAUCAUGUACGCGCCAUCGAAACAGGGCGAACAGCCCUCGGUCGAAGUCAGCAAGGAGUUUAUGAUGUCACCGAACAAACUGCAUCUGGAAGCCUCCCUCGACAAGGAACUCUAUCAUCACGGCGAGAACAUAGCUGUGAACGUGCACAUAGCGAACAAUAGCAACCGGACUGUGAAAAAGAUAAAAGUGUCGGUUAGGCAGUUCGCAGAUAUCUGCCUGUUUUCCACGGCUCAAUAUAAGUGCACCGUCGCCGAGGCCGAGAGCGAUAUAGGGGUAGCGCCAGGAUUCACUCUGAGCAAGGUGUUUUCUCUAAGGCCGACGCUUGCCGAGAACAAAGACAAGCGGGGCCUAGCUCUAGACGGUCAGCUUAAACACGAGGACACCAACCUCGCGUCUAGCACAAUGGAGGGAUGCCCAGUGGGCCCGGGUUUCACGCUCAGCAAGGUGUUCACCUUGACACCCCUCCUGGCCAACAACAAAGAUAAAUGGGGGCUCGCCCUCGACGGUCAGCUCAAACACGAGGACACCAAUUUGGCGUCUAGCACCCUUGUGGUUGAUCCGUCGCAACGCGAGAAUCUUGGAAUAAUCGUUCAGUACAAAGUUAAAGUCAAACUUUGCCUCGGUGCUCUUGGAGGCGAGUUGGUCGCGGAACUGCCCUUUAUUUUGAUGCAUCCCAAACCGGAAGAGGAAGAACCAGUGCCGUCCACAGCUCGACCAAGCCCUACGCACAAAACUGACAGCGGUGAAGUCCCGCUCGACACAAAUCUGAUCCAACUGGAUACGGAGGCGGACGGCGACGACGAUAUAAUCUUCGAAGACUUUGCUCGGUUGAGGCUGAAAGGCGAGACGGAAGCUUGACCGUGCUCCGCCGACUCCUCUUCGAUACGUAUCGAUGCGCUCGAUCGCACGUGUACGUUGACACCGCCGUGUCGCGCGCAAGAUGGAAGCUGCACAAUGUCGCCAAUAAUGCCAAUAACGGCGGUGCCGCAACGGCAGACUUGAGCGUUUCGCAUCGUUCGGAUUUGUUAUUGCGGCGACGCCUGCCUAUAUAUCCUCAAGUACAAAAUGUCCCCCGGUGACGCGACGAGCCCCGGCGUGUUUUGCGGCGGACAUUUUAGCAUUUUUCGCGAAAGAGAGAAAAAAAAA